CAGCUGACUCGCUCGCUCCGCUGUGCCUCUCGCUGACCAGCCUCGCGCUCUCUGCACAUCUACUCCACGCGGCUGCUGCUGCUGCUGCUGCUGCACACCCUUUUAACCACUGAGGAGGAGAAGAAGGAGACGAAGAACGGGGAAAACCGGGAGGACUCAAGUGGGGAGACGGCUCACCGGAGGAGGGGGAGGAACUGGAGGAGGAGGAGGAGGAGGAGGAAGGAGGCUGCGUUCUCAUCCUCGCGCGCAGCACGGGGACGUACAGGAUUUUAUUUUACUUUCCAUGGAGACGAGCCGCUUUUCCUCGCGCAGGUCUCCUCAAAGAUAUAACCGGGGAGGAUUGUGACGGCCGUGUGUCUUGGCACCGCUCCCCCCGCCAGCCAGGUGUUGCAUUCAAGCGCGAGCCCCUCAUGUUGGUGGAGAGGCACGAGAAGAAGGGUUGAUCAACGUUGCGGAUCCCGCGCACUCGACACUGAUCCUGUCUGCAGAGCCUCUUGAGCAACAACAAGUUGACACAUUUGAAUUUCCUCUGGCUCCAGACCACUCCGGUUUGAAGAUCCGGAUUCUACUAACGGAUUUCUUCUUUUUUGGCCUUCCCUGUCGGCUGUUGACCUCAACGGAUUUGUCUUUUUCUCUUUUAUGAACGAUACAGAAAAAGGAAUUAACGUGAACAUGUGUGCUUUUUUGCUCUCCAGCGGCACGCGCAAAUAGGAAAACAAUGGCAAAGUAGGCUAAACGGUCCUAGCUGUGCCAACGACGCACGAGACAUUUUUGGGGGUUCAUUUUAAAGAUCAGAUUUUCUGCCGUCUGCGAAAGCUGCUACCUGAAACCGUUUGCACCCCGAACCUCCGCCUUGUUUUUCACGGAUCCCCGCGUCCUGAUGGUGCGGACGGUCGGCGCACAGCGGCUCGAGCUGCUGCUUGGACGCGCCGCCCGGUGAUAUUUAGCCUUCAGCACAGAGACACGGAGCAUGGUGAUGAUGAUGGUACACGAUUAACCCGAGAGAUGCUUUUCAACUCGAGUCGGAUUCAUGUGCUGUUUCUUCAGUGGAAUCGAUCGAGUGACGAUGACCUCCAACCGCGCUUUACCCAGUGCCGUGCUCGCCGCAGCCCGAGAAAGAAGCACGCGCCCCCGGUUCGAUGCGCACGAGAGGACGUCGUCUCCCCAAAAUCGCUGAGCUAACUCGCAGCCGGGAAGGGAGGGACAGACUACUACAAACCCACACAACCAAUAGGAGAAGAAAAAGAAAACAACAACAGCAACAAGCAGCAGUGAUGGAACUGUCCGAGGUCCGGUGCUCCAGCGCGAGCGAGGAGCUGUACACUAUCAACAGGACCCCGAGCAGCAGCAACAACAGCAACAGCAGUGGCAGCGCGCGACCCAAACGGCUGCUGUGGCAGAACGCGGUGCGGCACAUCACCGAGCAGCGGUUUAUCCACGAGCAGGGCGGAGGAGGGGUGAAGGGCAUCGGACCGGAUGAGCCCUACGACCCGAGCCAGGGCGCGAGGAAGCAGUCGGCUGGGCGGACAUCGGUGGGAGACCGACACAAUAACGGCGGGACCAAGGUGUUCCCUGAGCGCGCCAGCAGCGACCUGGGGUUCUUGCAGAUCGACUGUGCGCCGAGCAACUCCGACUUCUUCCUGAACUGGGGCUACACGUACCGGGGCGUCAUCUUCCCCACGCUGCGGAACGCCUUCAAGUCCCGCGACCUGGAGCGGCUGUACCAGCGCUACUUUCUGGGCCAAAGGCGCAAGUCAGUGGUGGUGAUGAACAUCCUGGACGUGGUGACCAAGCUCACCCUGCUGGUGCUGCACCUCACCCUGGCCUCCUCCCCAAUGGACCCGAUUAAAGGGACGCUCCUGGGCUUCUUCACGGGCAUCGAAGUCGUCAUUUGUGCCUUAGUGGUGGUGAGGAAGGACACCACGUCGCACAGCUACCUGCAGUACAGCGGCGUGGUCACCUGGGUGGCCAUGGCCACGCAGAUCCUGGCGGCCGGGCUGGGCUACGGGCUGCUGGGUGACGGGGUCGGUUACGUUUUGUUCACCCUGUUCGCCACCUACAGCAUGCUGCCGCUGCCGCUCACGUGGGCCAUCCUGGCCGGCCUGUUCACCUCGGGGCUCCACAUCCUGGUCCAGCUGCUCAUCAACCAGAAUGCGCAGCUCUCUACCAACCAGGUAGCGGCUCAGGCUGUGUUGUUCAUGUGUAUGAACACUGCUGGAAUAUUCAUCAGUUACCUGUCUGACCGGGCUCAGCGCCAGGCCUUCCUGGAGACGCGGCGCUGCAUCGAAGCCCGGCUGCGACUCGAGACAGAGAAUCAGAGACAGGAGAGACUGGUGUUAUCAGUCCUACCACGUUUUGUAGUUUUGGAAAUGAUCAACGACAUGACAAAUGUAGAGGACGAGCACCUCCAGCAUCAGUUUCACAGAAUCUACAUCCACCGCUAUGAGAAUGUCAGCAUUCUUUUCGCAGAUGUCAAAGGCUUCACAAACCUCUCCACGACGCUGUCAGCGCAGGAGCUGGUGCGAAUGUUGAAUGAACUCUUUGCACGCUUCGACCGCCUCGCACAUGAACACCACUGUCUACGAAUAAAGAUCCUGGGAGACUGUUAUUACUGUGUGUCUGGUCUACCUGAGCCCAGACAGGACCACGCUCACUGCUGCGUGGAGAUGGGCCUCAGCAUGAUCAAAACCAUCAGAUAUGUGAGAUCACGAACGAAACACGACAUCGACAUGCGCAUUGGCAUCCACUCAGGCUCUGUGCUGUGUGGCGUGUUGGGACUCAGGAAAUGGCAGUUUGAUGUCUGGUCCUGGGACGUGGACAUCGCCAACAAGCUGGAGUCUGGAGGGAUCCCAGGGAGGAUCCACAUCUCCAAAGCCGCUUUGGACUGUUUGAAUGGUGACUAUGAGGUGGAGGAGGGCCAUGGGAAGGACCGCAACGACUUCCUCCGCCGCCACAACAUUGAGACAUUCCUUAUCAAGCAGCCAGAGGAUAGUCUGCUCACCUUGCCGGAGGACAUCAUGAAGGAGGCGGCCAGCUCGGCCGACCGCAGGGCGAGCAGCACCACCUUUAACGAGGCGUCCUGGAGCCCAGAGCUUCCCUUUGACAACAUUGUGGGGAAGCAGAAUACUCUGGCUGCCCUAACGAGAAAUUCGAUAAAUCUGCUUCCAAACCAUCUUGCACAAGCUUUGCAUGUCCACUCUGGUCCUGAGGAAAUUAACAAGCGAAUAGAGAGCGCCAUCGACUUACGGAGUGGCGAUAAGUUGAGAAGAGAGCAUAUCAAGCCUUUCUCACUGAUGUUUAAAGACUCCAGCCUGGAAGAGAAGUACUCCCAGAUGAGGGACGAGGUGUUCAAGUCCAACCUGGUGUGCGCCUUCAUCGUACUCAUCUUCAUCACCACCAUCCAAAGCCUGCUUCCCUCUGCCAGGAUGCUAACCAUGGUGAUCCAGUUCUCGGUCCUCAUCGUCCUCCAUUCCUGUCUGGUCCUAGUUACAACGGCGGAAGACUACAAGUGUCUGCCUUUGGUUCUGCGCAAAGCCUGCUGCUGGAUCAAUGAGACCUAUGCAGCGCGAAACGUCAUUAUCUUUGUCUCAAUCCUCAUCAACUUCCUGGCAGCCAUGAUCAAUAUACUGUGGUGCGACUUCGACAAGUCCAGCACCUUCAAGAAUCAGACGUACAACGAGUCGGCCUCCAUCCCAGACAUCUGCUUCUACCCAGAGUAUUUUGUGUUCACGGGGGUCCUUGCGAUGGUGACGUGUGCGGUGUUCCUGCGGCUAAACUCUGUGUUGAAGUUGGCGGUGCUGCUGGUGAUGAUCGCCAUCUACUCACUGCUGACCGAAGCUUUCUACACCUCGCUGUUUGUUCGCUACGACACCGUCCACCACAACACAGAAAACUUCCUGGGGACCAAAGAGACAUCUUUACUCCUGAUGGCCAUGUUCCUCCUCGCUGUGUUUUACCACGGCCAGCAGCUGGAGUACACGGCCCGGCUGGACUUCCUGUGGCGCGUCCAGGCCAAAGAGGAGAUCAACGAGAUGAAGGAGCUGCGAGAACACAACGAGAACAUGCUGAGGAACAUCCUGCCUAGCCACGUGGCCCGACACUUCCUGGAGAAGGACCGGGACAACGAGGAGCUGUACUCCCAGUCCUACGACUCUGUGGGAGUGAUGUUCGCAUCCAUCCCCGGCUUCGCCGACUUCUACUCCCAGACUGAGAUGAAUAACCAGGGAGUCGAGUGCCUGAGGCUCCUCAACGAAAUUAUUGCUGACUUUGACGAGUUGCUUGGUGAGGAACGCUUCCAGGACAUCGAGAAGAUCAAGACGAUUGGCAGCACCUACAUGGCCGUCUCUGGUCUUUCGCCUGAAAAACAGCAAUGUGAAGAUAAGUGGGGUCAUCUGUGUGCGCUGGCUGAUUUUGCCAUCGCCCUCAACGAGAGCAUCCAGGAGAUCAACAAGCACUCAUUCAACAACUUUGAGCUGAGAAUCGGUUUGGCCCAUGGCUCGGUGGUGGCGGGUGUGAUCGGUGCCAAGAAGCCUCAGUACGACAUCUGGGGGAAGACGGUGAACCUGGCCAGCAGGAUGGACAGCACGGGGGUCAGCGGCAAGAUCCAGGUGCACGAGGAGACCUAUCUGAUCCUGAAGGAGCGCGGCUUCGCCUUUGAGUACCGCGGCGAAAUCUACGUGAAGGGCAUCAGCGAGCAAGAGGGCAAGAUCCGAACACACUUCUUGCUGGGCCGGGUGCAGCCCAACCCGCUCAUCCUGCAGCCGCGCAAAAUCACCGGCCAGUACUCGCUGGCUGCCGUGGUGCUCGGCCUGGUGCAGUCACUCAACAGGCAGAAGCAAAAGCAGAUCCUCAAUGAGAACAACAACUCGGGCAUCAUGAAGGGCCACCACCACUACAACCGGAGGACGUUGUUAGCUCCCGGUGGCUCCGAGGUGGGAGGGGGGCAUCACACUGAAGCAGCUGAUAAGACUGAGUUGUCCUGAAGAGCAGACUGGAGUUUUAGUUCCACUCAAAUUUCUCAGAGGCAGAGCUGCUCUUCGGGCAAAAUAGAUUCCAGUGGUUGAGUUAAACUUCAGCUGGUGCAGCUUCACACACUGACUUUCUGGCUAAGUAACAUUAGGAAAGUUCUUCAGGAGUUGUAGUACUUUUAGCAUUCCAGUACUGAAAGCUUCAUCUGGUUUCAGACCUCUGAAUGGGCGCCCAUAUCUGUGAUUGGGAAAACAACUGACCAGUCAUCGCUACUUUUUAGAGCAUAGUGCUCUAAUAUGCUCGUGCGUGAGUAGCAAGUAUGGUGUGUGCUGUGAUUAGUGAAAUCUUAAAAUGGAGGUGUGAGGUGAUACACAGUCCUGGUAAUGGUCUCACACUAUUCCAUUGAUCUACAGGUUGCAGUAAGAAACACAGUAAUGCACCAACAAAGGCAAUGAAGAAGACUGCCAGCUAAUAUCCAUGUAUGGAAACAAUUCAGGUUUCAAACUUUCGAAAUAUCAACUUUCCAAAUGUCUUGUAAGGAAGUGUGUUAGUGUUUUAGUGAGCAACGCUGAAUGUAAACAGAAACUUUGUUCACUUUAAUCCUACAGCCAGGUAAAGGCAGGAUCCCUGGGGAAAAACUUUCUACAUGAGUUGAAUGAUGAGUUGGUUAUUGAACAUAAACCAUCUCACCUUUUGAAGUUAAUUAGUGGGUUAGCCUUAGCUUAGCUAACACAUUGGCUUUCAGAACUAUUUUGUGGCCCUUUUAACAUCAUGAAUGUCCCGUAUGAAUGAACAAAGCCACUUGCAUAAUUUCACCAAAGUUACUUCUUUUCACUUUUCUUGCCAGUUAGCUUAAAUGUGCUCUGAAAAGGUUUCUCUGGCUCGUUACCGCUCAGGAUUUACUCAACCAAUGAGAUUAUUCCUGCGUCCUGAAACAGCUCUGCUUUUGAUGAAUGUUAGUAGAACUGAAACUCCACUUUGCUCCUGAAGAAGGAGGUGGAG